AUGACUAACGAAGCGCGGAACAACCUGAUCCUGUCCAUGAACGACCCGUCGAACAUACUCUACUCGGACGAAUUUGUGGUGAUCGUUGCCGACCAGUUCCCUAAGUCCGUACAUCACUAUCUGGUUAUGCCCAAGGAAGACUUGUUCGAUGUUCGCUCUCUCAAGGAACGCCAUAUACCCAAGCUCAUCUAUAUGGAGCUCAAAGGCCUCGAGUACGUGAUGCGUACGACUGGACUUAUCGCACAAGAUUUACUAGUUGGAUACCACGCUUUUACAUCAAUGAACCGAUUACACUUGCAUGUGUUGAGUAAAGACUUUUGUGGACCACACAUGAGACAGCCUCACCAGUGGAAUUCAUUUAAUACAGAAUUCUUCAUACCUACUCACAAAAUAAUUUCUGAAUUACAAUCCAUAGGACGCAUAGUAUUGCCGCCCAACAAGAAAAUUUUGCAGCAACCAGUUCAAUGUAAUAAAUGUGACUUCUUUACCAAUGAAAUUAAACAUUUAAAAUUCCAUUUGAAGAUGUUUCACUAUGUGCCAUAA